AUGGCAUCCAAAUCCCUGGCGACACCAAAGAGAACCAGGCACGGCGGCGAUGGCGCCUCGACUACCACCCCCGUCGACCCAGCGGCACCAAGGAAAACCUGGCGCGGCUGUGAUGGCGGUUCAAUUUCUGCUUCCGUCGAGAAAUUCGGACCGCAUGCCCCGUCUGCUUUGUCGGUUCAGAACAUUCUGGAUUUGAAAGCGAAGUACGGAUUUCCCGACGAGGUCAACCUGAUCCUUCCCGAUCCCGAUUAA